AUGAGAGGAUACUAUAGCAUUGCCAAGAACGCUAUAGUCUGGUGCCUUGUGUUGCAAGUCAUCACACUCCAUGUAGAAUCCAUAGUUGGAGAUGUGAGUUUCUCGAUAGUAAUGAAAAACGAAAUGUACGGCUUAAAACGUCCAUCAGUUGUCUACCGGUGCAAGUCGUCUGAAAAAUCCCUCCGGUGGCACAGAUCGCGCCCCAAAACGCAAUUUUCAUGGGAUUUUGAUGUACCGCCGUUUGGAAACGGCGUGGUGACUCACCUAUGCCAUUUCCUGUCAAGCCAAGGGACAGCGCAUGUCGAGAUCAAGACGUUGUCGAUGACAUCUAUGUUGUGCGGAGGACAUGUGUGUAAAUACGUCAUCAAGCCGAACGGUAUAUAUUUCGUUGGUUUUGAGACGUACUAUCCGCACAACGUUUUGUUAAGGUUUCUAGAGUUGGUGAGGCCUGUUGAAAAGCUUGUCGAGCCAUGGAAGGCGUGGUCUCCGAGGCAGUUAAAAGCUUUACGAGCGGAACGCAAUCGCACCAGGUCAAGCGAUGACAAAGAUUAUUAUGAUGACGACAAGGAAUUAAAGGACGAUUAG